GAGUUGAAGUUGCAGUAUGAUAUAUGUACGGUACUCGAGCAAUUAAUUUAACCUACGGUAUAUCACGUUUCCAUAGAAAGUCAAGCCCCCUUCAGGGACCACUCAGGAAUUCAAUCACAGCCAAACCCGACUAUCACGUGACGCCGGGUCCGGCAUCCCGCCCUAAAUUUCUGCCCCUCUCCAUCCUUCAACCCGCCAUCGUCCAUACAUUAGAUUCCAACCAACAGCGACUGCAAUUCCCACAACCUCCACCACUUCAUCACACACAACCCUCGUGGCAGCUGCAUCUCACACCCCUCACACGCACAAAACAGAAACCACGUUUAGAAAAAAAAAGAGCCAGCCUCACGUUUCACUACCACUGAAUAACAAUUUGCCUUUUCUUUUUUCUUCUUCCUCGCCCGCCCCGAUAUCAAACUAGGUUCCAGCAAUCAUGUCACUCCCUACUUGCCGGUUUUACGAGGAGAAAUAUCCGGAGCUUGAUAGCUAUGUUAUGGUCAAUGUUAAGCAGGUAUCAUCUUCUGCCUUCUCCUGGAGGGAAGAGAGUCGGAGCGGAGUUGAGUGGCCACUGAUGGCAGGAAUUCUCAGAUCGCAGAAAUGGGAGCAUACGUGAAGCUUCUGGAAUACGACAACAUUGACGGCAUGAUCUUGCUCAGCGAACUUUCCAGACGGCGUAUCAGAUCUAUCCAAAAGCUCAUCAGGGUUGGAAGGAAUGAGGUUGUGGUCGUCUUGAGGGUUGAUGAAGAAAAAGGUAUGGCUGGCUCAUGAGUCAUAGGCGUUUGUGUUACACCACCUCCUUCCUCUUCCUCUUCCUUUCUCUAUAUCCGUCUCUAUGGAGAGGAAAAAUAUUAUAAUUAGAUAGCUGAUAAUACGAUAUGACUAGGAUACAUCGACCUUUCCAAGCGUCGUGUAUCUGCCGAAGACGUUGUCAAGUGCGAAGAGAGAUUCAACAAGAGCAAGAUGGUGCACUCCAUCUUGCGGCAUGUCGCCGAGAAAACAAAGGAGCCUAUCGAGAGCCUCUACGAAAAGAUUGGCUGGCCCUUGAUGAAGAAGUACGGCCACGCUGUCGACGCAUUCAAAUUCUCUAUUACGUCCGCCCCCCCCACAUCCCUGCAACACAAAUUCAUUCUAACAAGGAUAACAGCAACCCGGACGUAUGGGAAGGCAUCCAAUUCCCAUCAGAAGUCGUCAAGACCGAACUUCAAACCUACAUCUCCAAGCGCCUAACCCCUCAGCCAACCAAAGUCCGUGCAGACGUCGAAGUGACCUGCUUUGGAUACGAGGGUAUUGAUGCAGUCAAAGACGCCCUCAGGAAAGCCGAAGCAAAGAACACCGUCGACACUCCCGUCAAGGUUAAACUUGUUUCGCCGCCUCUCUAUGUCCUCACAUCUCAGUGCCUAGACAAAAAUACCGGCAUCGAAGUCCUCGAGGAGGCUAUCACUGAAAUCCAAACAUCAAUUUCCGCUGCUGGAGGGAACUGCGUUGUCAAGAUGGCGCCCAAGGCGGUCACCGAGAACGAUGACGCAGAACUGCAAGCCCUAAUGGACAAGAAGGAGCGCGAGAACCAGGAAGUCUCUGGCGAUGAAGACGAGAGCAUUAGUGAUGAAGAAGCUUAAUUUCUCGUCCCUUUCAUUUUCGGGCCUUUUCCGAUUUCUAGCUCUUUUUCCUCUUAAUGGUCGUUUAAAAAGAAAAAGCCGGUUAAUGCAUGGGGAUUUCCGCUAAGAAAAGAACUGGGGGAGGUAGGCUGGAAUGGAGCAGAGGAGGUUCCGGAUUCGUUGUAUGUAUGUUGGUGUACGUACUUGGUAUGAUGCUACGCAUGGAUGACAAAAAGUUGUUCUUUUCUUUCUUUCUUUCUUUCUUUCUUCCACCUCUUCUGCCUUUUUCACGCCUUGCUUCGUUUUACGGCUUUGCUGUUUUCCCAUGAUAUUUGGCGACGGCACAAAAGCGAGUACGAGUCCAGUGCAGCGUGGGUAAGGAGGGGCAAAAACGGUGAGGGGCGUUCAUAGAAAGCAUUAGUUACAGAACUGUACUCGUACCCUCUUUUCUUCUCUUCUCUUUCUCAUUCCCAAGUCCAAUUUGAUUGAUUCAUAUAUACACCGCAUGGCCAAUGAUACUGCACCGCAAACAUAGUCCGAGGAUCCAUAGACUAAGCCCAGUGUUCCCCCCAAUCGGUAUCUAUAACUAUCGGCCAACUCAAUGGAAUAAAGCAUCAAAAAUCGGCUUCCAGGAAGUGCCAGAAAAUCAAAAACGUACCGGUAGAUGGAUGAUCCCGGAAACCGUUCCCCCCCCCCC